AUGGAUAACAAUCACCUAGCAACUCUACCAGAGGGUUUGUUCGAAGCGUCAACUGAAAUCAGGAAGUUGUUUGUAGCGGACAACGACAUAGUUUUUCUCCCAGAGAAUCUGCUAAUCAACACAACAUUAACCGAACUGUUUGACAUAAGCUCCAAUAGUCUGACCUCCAUCUCUGAUGGCUUAUUUCGCAAUCAGACUAAGAUAAAGAGACUCUACAUGCAACGCAAUCAAAUCACGGUCCUCAACAGAGAGAUGUUCAAGGAUCUUCACUCUCUAGAAGUUCUAUUCGCCUUUGGCAACCCUCUCAUUGAGAUACAAGCCUGGCUUUUCUAUAACACGCAGCUCACAAACUUAUCCAUGUUCCAAAACAACCUUUCAUCGAUUGGAGAGAGGCCAUUUGCUACCGUGAAUAACACCAUCAAACAGGUAUCGUUGUAUGACAAUCAUUUGACAACUAUUUCCGAAGUUGUAUGGCAAGAUUUGGGUUCCAACGCCUAUGUGGCUGUUGAUAAUACCCUCCAGUUUGCACCUGCCACAAACCGGACUGACCUGAAAAUCGAACUGGUUGGUGAUGGGUUCGCCCUACCGAUACUUGUAACAAAGGAAGAGAGAUUUCUCUUCAUUAAAUCUGGAUUCGCCUGCUCAAAAACUGGCUUCAAAAGUCUUACGUGGCGAUGUGUGCCCUGUGCGCAAGGGUAUUAUGGAGAUCCCGGGAGUAGUGUAUGUAAAGCAUGCCCACCAGGAGGCUUUUACCAAAUCAAGACUGGACAAGUAGCGGACGCAUCGCAGCCCAUCAACUGUCAAAAGUGCAACAAUGGAACCUAUGUCACCCCAGCUGCUCACCCUGGUAUCAGCCCUGCAGAUUGCACCGUGUGUCCUACAGGUACCAACAAAAGUCUCCAUGCAGGGUUCCGCGCAUGCUUUUGUCUUGAUGAGUACUACCGUAAAGAUCGGUUUGAUGAGUGUUAUCCUUGCCCAGACGAAGGCAUUGACUGUUCAGGGGAGUAUCAACACCUCUUACCUGGAUUCUGGUGGACUUGGGACUGGGGCUCCAACGAAAACUUCAAAUCAUAUCAGCGUUUUGUUGUAAACAUAAGAAGCAGAGGUGAUUCCUACAAUAAUAGCAAUCAGCAUUUCAAGGGAGUGUUGCCUAAGGUACAUCCGUGUCCACGUAAGGAGUCUUGUUUGAAUGAAGGUGAUGGUAUCAAUGUCACUUGUGAGGUUGGUUAUGAAGGUUGGCUUUGCUCUGAAUGCAGUGUGGGGUACUACGCCUGGUUUGAUAGUUGUAAUGUGUGUCCGAAGUGGUGGUGGUUCUUACUUGAAGUCGUUCUGUUGCUGGUCGUGUUGGCCGUGGUAAUACUCGUCAUCGCCUGGGAUGCGCGGAGAAACCAGAGAAAAGGACGGUCAGCCGUUGAUGUGAUCUUUGCUCGGGGGAAAAUCUUGCUAGGUUUCUAUCAGGUGAUGGGCGAGAUAUUCUCUGCCCUUAAUGAGAUUCCCUGGCCGAAUAUUUUGACCAAGUUUGGGUCGUUUUUCAAACUGCUGGAGAUGAAUAUUGUCCAACUGGUCAUCAGUCCCCGCUGCUACUUUCCAGACUUCACCUACCGCAAUGUGUACAUUGAGUAUUUGUUUGGGAUGAGCUUAGUUGCAUUUGUUGUGUUGGCAGCAUUGAGUUUCUAUUGGGUCUCAAAGUGCUACUUGGCGGUCAAGAAAUACACUGUUGAAGAACGUGUCAAGGUUUUGUCAACUACAAGGCAGAAAUGUUACCUGUUUGUUGUUAUGCUUCUCUUUGUGUCCUAUCCCAGCUUGUCCAGUGUUAUAUUCACCCUCUUGCCUUCUGGCUGCGACCUGUUCUAUCUAGAUGAGAACGAAACACACAAUGCUACACGACUUCGAUCCGAUUACUCUAUCGACUGUCAAGAUGAGCAGCAUGUUCAUUUCCACCAUGCUGCCGAGGCUUCUCUCUGUUACGUUGUUGGCUUUCCGUCCUUGCUGUUUCUUCUUCUAUGGAGGGGCAACAGAAAAGACAAGAAAGAAUUCACUGGACGAGACACGAGAGGGCGUCAGUCAUCAGGAGGAAAGAGGAAGAAAUCACUUGAGCAGCCUUUGCUUGAAUCGCCAGUACAGGAUCCAGGUUACUACAGCAUCAAUGACUCAACUAUGGCACGGGGAAAUGAAGAUGAUUCCACACUUAAUCAACCAGGCAUCGACCUCCUAAAUUCCCCAAAACAAAGUCCGUCGGAAAUCACCUGGAAAGGUUUCCUUAGUGGAAACUACAAGGCAGAGUUCUGGUACUGGGAAAUUGUUGAGCUUUCUCGCAAGAUCAUCCAAACACUAUUUGUUCUGCUGUACGGCCCAGAUGAUCACUUCACCAUGUUUGCAACCAUCGCCAUAUCUGUUGGGUUCCUGCUCCUACAUGCAUAUGUGAGACCGAUGAAAGACGCCACCGACAACCGUCUACAGAUGUGUUCCCUGGCAACCAUCUUUCUAAAUCUCUUGGCAGCUUCCUUGCUCCUGUCUCGAACUGGAGGUGGCACAGGGAGAACCGAAGUCCUUGCGGCUAUCCUGGUUCUGAUGAACUUCAGCAUCAUUGUGUUUGUCAUUGGUACUCUUCUCUGGAUGGUGAUGAAGUCACUGUGGCACUCUGGGUGCUGUGGUAGUAUGGCAACAUGCAUUGCAAAAGCCUGUUGCUGGUUUUGUCGACACGAGUCACCGAACAGGGAAGGCAGAAGCAGACGUCUUGUGAUGGCCAACGUUCGAGAUCAUUCCUUUGAUGUUGAAGAAGACUUUGUGGAAAGGCCUUACGAAGAAAUCAUAGCAGAACAUCACGAGGUUGAGUAA